AUGACGGGCGGACGGUUCGACUUUGACGAUGGUGGCACAUAUUGCGGUGGCUGGGAGGAUGGGAAAGCCCAUGGACAUGGCGUCUGUACCGGGCCCAAGGGCCAAGGCGAAUACUCCGGGUCCUGGAACAAUGGUUUCGAGGUAGUGGGGGUGUACACCUGGCCCAGUGGAAACGUGUAUCAGGGCUACUGGGCACAGGGGAAACGACACGGACUCGGUGUGGAAUCGAAGGGAAGAUGGAUUUAUCGUGGCGAAUGGACUCAUGGAUUGAAAGGUAGAUACGGGGUCCGGCAAAGUCUCCACACGCCUGCCAGAUACGAUGGGACAUGGAGUAACGGUCUGCAAGAUGGAUAUGGAGUUGAAACGUAUGGUGAUGGAGGUAAGCGUGCCAUUAACAGUUUAUGGUUAGUACAUGUAAUGCCGUUUGAAAGAGCAGUCUCGCUUGUUACAGUGUAGCAGGGGGCACAAAUGUUGUUCAGCAAUUCAGUUGUAUCAAAGUGUGAUAGAGUAGAGAAGCCUGCCUGAACUAUGUGCCAGUGCCACACCACUGAGCUCUAUUGAUAUAGACUGGACUGGUCAGUCAGCACUGAGCACUCCCAUAGAGGUCAUGGCUAAAAAUAGAAACAUCGCUCAGCCACACUUGAAAAUCAAAGGACUACCUAUUGUAUUGAUCUUCGUUCAUUUGUUGCCAUAUGGGAAUUGAGUGUACAGUAGUUUCUAUAGAAAGUCGUUUUAGAGUUAAAAACUAAACAAAAAAACAUUCAAAGAUUGAGUUUGAGACACAAGUGGUGAUGAGGUUGUAAUGUCAGGGCACACAACCAUAGUCAUACACACACAGAUGCAUAUAGCUUGUAGAUUAUAUCUAUUCCAGAGAUAAAAAUCUACUUUUUGGUGACUCAUAGCAUUGAUUGAUAUGGUUUUAUAUAUUGAUUAAUACAGGGGAAAGCAAUAAUGGAUUGUAGGAAAUUCAAUAUAUGUUAAUAGAUCAUUAAAAACACACCACGAUAUCUUACUUCACAUGAAGUGUGAUAAUCAAUAGAUACUGUGGCAUAAUAAACAAAUAACAUAAUAAUUCGAUUUGCCAAAGAUAAUGUGGACAUUGAUUGUAGUCUGAGGGCUGGAUUUGCAGAAGAUAAAGUGAACAUUGAUUUCAGACUGAGGGCCAGAUCCAACUACACCUGAGCAAGCUUCAUUAGCCGGUUCCCCCUGGGCAAGCUUGGCUUCUAGUGCUUUCUUUUGUGCUUGGGGUCUAGUACUCUCAUAUGUGUCACUCACUGGUUCAAAUUGUAAAGAGAAACAUUCACUGUUUCUGACAGUCUGAAGCAGCGAGAGGUACCUGCAGGGGCAUCAUUUCAGCGAAACCUAGGGUAUGGAAAAGUGACAGUGGAGGAUUUUUUAUCAAAUUGAAGCGCAUUUACUGCAUUUCUACAAAAUUUUAAAAAUUUAAAAUGCAAUUUGGAGAACAGCAAAAACAAGCAAAAUUGUCUCAAGACAUUAUUACCUUGUUGUUGUAGCUUCAUUCACCUUAGUCAAUGGAGGACUUAACAUUCUACAAACACAUGUCAUACAAGAAUUAGCUGCUACGCACUAGCUCAGCACCGGGAUUAAAACUCUAGUUUAGUUUCAUGUCAAGUCAAACAACAGUUGCCUAGCCAAAGCCAUCUACUACAGCUAUCUUUACCUCUGCACCAGUGGCGGUCGGUGCCUUUUAAGAUGAGGGAGGACACUUUUUUUCCAUGAGCAUGGCCAUAUUUCUAUUACAGCAUUUUGGAUGACUGUCAUUCAAAUUCCAUUCACCCAGUUCAAUGUAACAGCGAUAGGUUUAGGCUACUGCAUGAUACUAGAAUUUUCCCUAUACCCAUCAUGAGGUUGCUACAACCUAGCCUAUGAAUGAAAGUUUACAACGUAGGUGCACACAGGUCGAGAUAAAAAUUUGAGAUGACAGACAGUGACACAUUCAAUACCGCCUUGCACACUCUUGCCUGCAUCUAGCUGAUCUUGGGUGUAAUCAUUAGUCCAACAGUUGCAAAGGAGAGUUUCUAUUGGACAAAUUCAGGAAUGCUUAUCUUUGUUUCGUUCCAUUUGCUUCCGUUUAAGAAACGUUUUUCAACAGAAUCGGCGGAAUGAAUACACCCCUGAUCACGCGUAAACACAGUUCACUUUCAUAGUAACCACGUUGUAUUCCUUCUCACAUCUAUGCGCUCUCCUCCUCUCACCUUUUCCCUUCGCUUGUGGACUUCAAUGCACAACACAUCAGCUGUAUGUGACCAGGCCAAAAAAAAAGUUCCAAGACAAACCAUAUCAUAACCGCUACACGCAGCCUACAUUGUUGUCACCAUAUUCGCUAAAAUAACAUCAUAGUCAACAUAGCUAAUAGAACUAACGCGUUAGUAAACCGCUACAAUCAUGCAGUAACGUUACAGUGUACAGUCAGUAAGCAGUUUAUCACUUACACCGGCGGGCCCCAGUGGCAAUAAAUUAGUACAACCAAAAGCUUACCUUGACUUGGAAGAGUUCCAGUGUUGUGUUGGAUAGUCAUAGCCAGCUAGCUAACAAAGCAUCCCUAUGUUUGAGCAGGGUGUUUGAGUAGGCUAAACUAGUAAGUAAUACUGAAAGUGAAAAAAAAUGACGAAAUUUCUCUCUCUCUUGCUUCUCCUUCCUCUUGGAAGAAAUUAAUUUGUUGAAAACUGUUCAACUAUUUUCUUUCUCUCUGAGUCAACUACUCACCACAUUUUAUGCACUGCAGUGCUAGCUAGCUGUAGCUUAUGCUUUCAGUACUGGAUUCAUUCUCUGAUCCUUUGACUGGGUGGACAACAUGUCAGUUCAUGCUGCAAGAGCUCUGAUAGGUUGGAGGACGUCCUCCGGAAGUUGUCAUAAUUACUGUGUAUGUCUAUGUAAGGGGAUGAGAACCAUGAGCCUCCUAGGUUUUGUAUUAUGGUCAAUGUACCCAGAGGAGGACGGAAGCUAGCUGUCCUCCGGCUACACCACGGUGCUAGCCUACAGAGUGCUGUUGAGGCUACUGUAGACCUUCAUUGCAAAAUAGUGUGUUUUAAUCAAUUAUUUGGUGACGUGAAUAUAUUUAGUAUAGUUUUAUCUAAAAAGGAUAACUUUUUUAAUGUUUUACCAUUUUAAUUUUUAUGAAAUUCACUGAGGAGGAUGGUCCUCCCCUUCCUCCACUGCUUUAAGAAAAAGUUGCGCUGUUCACUGCAGCUGCGUCGAUGCGCUCUCCAUAAAGCUAGCCAGCCUUCCCUCCAGCUCCCAGGCGUCCGCAUGGUCCUAAAGUCAGUCUGUUAAUACUGAUAAACUGCAUUAGCCUUUUAAUCAGGAUUGGAAUGAUUUUAUUCGCCUAUUUUAAAUUGUUGGUGUUGAGCUAGGGUAUGACUGCCAUACCCAAUUGACGCCCCUGGGUACCUGAGUCAGCAUAGGAUCAGUCAGCUUAGGAAUCAGUGGGAGUGUCACUCAACGAAAUAUAAAUACUAGUCACUGACAAAAUGUGCCCUAAUCUAUCCUCCUAAUGUGUUCAGAGUGAUUUUGUUCAGUAACCUAAUUGUGUUUAGACUGAUUCAUUUCACAUAGCAAGAUAGAUGGAGUUAUAUUUGGCUUGACCAACAAACUUCCCAAUGUCUCAAGUUACUUCCAUCUUUUCAAAUAGCACAUUCUUCUCUGUGGAAGCUAUGAUGGACAGAGUGGCAUAUCGCCUUGAGUGCACACCAGAAUGCAGUAUGCAUUUAGAAAUGUAGACCCCCUUUAGCCGCUGAAAUGGUGGGAAGGCUUGAGAUAUGACAAUUAUGGUGGGAGGUUUUGAAGUAUUUUGCACUUCCACCUUCAAACAAAUAUCUGAAUGCCAAAAAUACAGUUGGAGUGUCAACUGAGGUUGUGAGGAUGUCAGGUCAGUUAGUGCUAUGGUGGUGUGUUCAACGUUACUGUUAGUGUGACAGCGUUGUUUUACUUCCACCUGAGCGCUGUUUGAGAUUAGUGACUUCUGCCGAACUGCAGUUCUUCCAAUGGAUACUGUGUGCAAGAGGCAUAAGGAAUGCCAAAUCAACCCCUAGAUCCCUAUGCACUUGUGGGGAUAGCAGAGGAUUUGAUAGGUGUAAGCUAUAUGCUAAUAGCUCCAACUUGCCCUCUGAUAGGCUAGGUGGAAGUUUCACUACAUUGCUUCAAUACCAAUAAAAUGGUAGUACAUAGGGCAUAGGGUCUAGUGGUUGAUUUGGGAUUGGGUGUAGAAUGAGUAGCCUACACUUCCCAGUCCCUCCUGAUCUCCAUGCCACGACCUGUUGCAGGACAGGUUGUUACUGUGGGUGGGAGCUCAUCUUAGAAAAUAUUUUAAGGCUAACAGAUUAGGACCUCAAUAGGCCCAAUCUAAUCAUAGAUAAGUGCACUACAUAGUAAUGACUUCAUUCUUGCCACCUUUCCAUAACCUAAACAAACAAUGCAGCACACCACUGGUACAUAACUUAAAUUAUGUACAAGUGGUAGCCUAUGUUUGUCUAGUAUGUCUACUGCCAUAAAGGCCGUGUCUAGACUUGACAGUUCAUGCAGCUUUAGUAUUCUGAUCAUAGAGUUCAGAUCAUGGAAUUCCAAACGUGCAUCUACACCUACAUUUAAAUGUGUCUACUGUGUCCACAGUGUGUCUGGAUUCCCUUUUCCCACUCUAUAUUCAAAUGCCAGUAUGCAUUCUACAAAUGGUGGAAUAGGCAAAAUAUGAUAAUAACACAACUACUGUUGGCAGUAGCUAACUACUGUAGCAAACUAGCCAGCAAGCUAGCAAGCAAUGUAAAGGGAUUGCAAACGGGUUAGCAUAACUCUAGCCAAACAAAACAUAUUUUUUCUAAAUAUUAGCUAGCUGGCUAGAUGGUAGGCCACUCUGGUAGGCCUACAUUAUGAUCAAAUAGCCACAGUAGCCUACUUGGCCACUGUUAAAACAGUAAGUUAAAGCAGGUAUAGCCUCAGUGUUCACUGUUCACAUUAAACGCGCGCCAGAAGUUGCAGAGAAUUCUCACAACAUUCAAGUUUGCGCUCAGCAGACCUGACAUUUUGUCAGUGCCAAAAAAUGUUGAGGGAACAUUGGUCUAGACCCGUCUUUUCAAUACGAUCUUCGUAUUCUGAUAGCAGAAGUCACAUGUAAGUGUCAAAUGUAGACACGACUAAAGACUGCCUGGUUUGGCAUAAUGCCAGGAGUAUAUUAAUAGCAAAUGAUGAAGUGAUAAUAAAUCAUGACACAAACAAAGACUGAAAUAUGAAUCUCGUCAUGAACGUGGUAUCUUGUAUGUGAUUUGGAAACAUACAGCUCUGUCUGACUGACAGCAGAAUCACAGUCCCUGGGUAAGAUUAGGUAUUGGAUGUGAUUUUAAUCCAUUCAAUGAAAAGUUCCCAAUAUAGUAGGGAUAUUAUGGACUUGUAGAUAUGUUUUCCACUUAAAUUCCUUGAAUUGACAUUGGCCCAGUGUAAAUAGAUUUUCUAAUCAACUCUAAUAUUCAAAUGUUGUACGCCAAAUGAUUAUUCUGUGAUCAUGAAAAAAAUUAACGUUCAUGAUUUUCUUAACGUUUGUAUUCAUUCUUGGCAUUUUUUGUUGUCCUAACAGGUACAUACCAGGGGCAAUGGACAGGAGGAAUGCGACACGGAUACGGUGUGAGACAAAGUGUGCCUUACGGGAUGGCUACGGUUAUUCGCUCACCUCUCCGAACCUCGCUGGCCUCGCUCCGCAGCGAACAGAGCAAUGGCACCGUCCUCCAUGCCAACCUCGACCUGUCAGACAGCCCUGCCGGCACCAGAGGAGGCUUUGUUCUCAACUUCCACAGUGAAGGUGAAGGUGAGAAGAAAAAGGGCCUGUUUCGUAGAGGGUCCCUGUUCGGCAGCCUCAGGAACCUCAGAAAGUCAGACUCCAGGUCGUCCAUAUCGAGCAAACGCAGCUCUGCCCGCAGCGAUGCCGCCAGCUCCAUCAGCCGAAUCAGCUCUAGUGAUGCCAACUCCACCAUCAGCUUUGGGGAUGGAGUUGAUGAGUACAUGCCCCUGGAGGACAAUGUAGACGCCACCACCACAGAGUCCUACAUGGGGGAGUGGAAGAAUGACAAGCGGAACGGCUUUGGUGUCAGCGAGCGUACCAACGGGAUGAAGUACGAGGGCGAGUGGAUGAACAACAAACGCCACGGCUACGGAUGCACAAUGUUCCCAGAUGGCACCAAAGAAGAGGGGAAGUAUAAAAACAAUGUGUUGGUGCGAAGCAUCAAGAAGCAGCUCAUUCCUCUCAAAAACACCAAAACUAAACAGAAAGUGGAUCGGGCUGUGGAAGGAGCCAUACGGGCAGCAGCUAUUGCCAGAACAAAAGUAGAAAUAGCCACUUCAAGGUAAUCAGUUUCUCAAUUUGCAUGGUUGCGUCUGAAUUGACACCCUAUUUCCUAUACAGUGGACAACUUUUGACUAGAGCCUUAUGGGCCCUGGUCAGAAGUAGUGCACUAUAUGGAGAAGGUUAGUGCUAUCUGGAAUCCUUGGGAAGUCCUUACCCUAAACCCUAACCCUUCCCUAACCUUAACCCUUACCUUAACCGUUUUAAAUGUAAACUUCAAUGGGAUGUCAUCAGAGUUGGGACAUCCCAAGGAUCCCGUUUAGACUUUUCCAUAUGGGGAAUAGGGUGCCAUUUCGGACACAGCCCAUGUUGUGGUGUUGUUGGUGGUAAAGAAUCCUACUGCUGCAUGCGUUUCCAGGUCAGGUCUGCUGAUUGGGUUAAGUUGAAUGGCUGACAGGUUGGGAUUCUCAACGAGGGGUCAGGUUUUUAUUGGUGUCACCUCAUCCUAUGUCUCCCAUCUCUCUACAACAUUCUCCAUCUUUCUCCAACUCUUUCUCUCACUCACUUGCUCUCUGCCUCUCUCUUUCUCUGUCCCUUUUACUCACUCUCACUACCUCUCCCUCACACACACACACACACACACACACACGUUUUGCACGUGGCACAGAUGAUGAACUGCAGUACAUGGUGAGUUCAAACAGUGGCCCAAUGCUACACUGGAAUAAUUUGAUACAUACUGUGGUGAUCAAAAUAGCGAGAAUUACAGAUACAAUAGAAUUUACCGGAGCCAAGUAUUUUUUAUUUGAGGAGAAGUGAGAUGUGUAAAGGCCUAUACUGGUUGAAGCCAAUUACAACAAUUGUAACGUUCGUUGUGUAAAGGAUUGGACCAAUGUGCAGCGUGGUAUGCGUACAUGUUUUAAUUAUUUAAAUAAACACUUGACAAAAUAACAAAAGCAACUGAACGUGAAGUUCUAAAGGCAACAAGCCUAAACAGAAACAGAAACAAGAUCCCACAACAUAGGUAGGCAAAAUGGCUGCCUAAGUAUGAUCCUCAAUCAGAGACAACGAUCGACAGCUGCCUCUGAUUGGGAACCACACCCGGCCAACAUAGAAACAGAUACACUAGAAUGUAUCCAAAUCACAGCCUGACCUAACCAAACAGAGAAUACAGGUGAUCUCUAAGGUCAGGGCGUGACAGUACCCCCCCCCCCAAAGGUGCGGACUCCGACCGCAAAAACCUGACUCAUUAGGGGAGGGUCCGGGUGGGCACCGGCUUCGGACGUGACGUAGGCAGUAAACUCUUCUCCCAUCCUGCCUCCCCUUUGCACGCCCGGUCCGGUCUGGACCCCGGUGCGAUGCUCCCCCUCUCAGUCCUCCCACAAUGCACCAAGCCCUGUCUGGACCCUGGUGUGGGAGCCCUCGACCCUGGAGAGGGGCUGACGUCUGGUCCCGGCCCAGCAGUCCUCCCGCGAUGCACCAAGUCCUGUCUGGACCCUGGUGUGGGAGCCCUCGAUCCUGGAGAGGGGCUGACGUCUGGUCCCGGCCCAGUAGUCCUCCCGCGAUGCACCAAGUCCUGUCUGGACCCUGGUGUAGGAGCCCUCGACCCUGGAGAGGGGCUGACGUCUGGUCCCGGCCCAGCAGUCCUCCCGCGAUGCACCAAGUCCUGUCUGGACCCUGGUGUGGGAGACCCCGACCCUGGAGAGGGGUUGACGUCUGGCUCCGGCUCGGACCCCAGUGGAGUGGAUGGCUCCGGCAUGGGGGAAGAGUAGACAACUGGACCCGGACUGGGCACCGGUGAUGCGGACUGCCCCGGCUCUGGUAGGGAGCAGAUAACCGGAGCUGGACUAGGCACCGGUGGAGCGGACUGCUCUGGCACUGGAGUGAAGCAGCUGACCGGAGCUGGACUAGGCACCGGUGGAGCGGACUGCUCUGGCACUGGAGUGGAGCAGCUGACCGUCGCAGGAGGCUCCGGGCCAUGGAUCAUCACUGGACGCUUCGUGCCAUGGAUCAUCACUGGAGGCUUCGUGCCAUGGAUCAUCACUGGAGGCUUCCUGCCAUGGAUCAUCACUGGAGGCUUCGGGCCAUGGAUCAUCACUGGAGCCCGGCAAGUGCGGGGCGCUGGCCCAUGACGCACUGGGCUGUGGACACGCACCAAUGGUUUGGUGCGAGGAGCAGGUACGGGGCGCACCGGGCUGGUGACACACACGACUGGUUUAGUACGAGGAGCAGGUACGAGCCGUACAGGACUGGAGACACGCACCACUGGUUUAGUGCGAGGAGCAGGCAUGGGCCGUACCGGGCUGGGGACACGCACCACUGGUUUGGUGCGAGGAGCAGGUACGUGGCGCACCGGGCUGGCGACAAGCACCACUGGUUUGGUGCGAGGAGCAGGUACGGGCCGUACAGGACUGGAGAAACACACCACUGGUUUGGUGCGAGGAGCAGGUACGGGGCACACUGGGCUGGUAACACGCACCACUGGUUUGGUGCGAGGAGCAGGUACGGGGUGCACCAGGCUGGCGACACGCACCACUGGUUUGGUGCGAGGAGCAGGUACGGGCCGUACAGGACUGGAGACACGCACCACUGGUUUGGUGCGAGGAGCAGGUAUGGGGCGUACCGGGCUGGCGACACGCACCACUGGUUUGGUGCGAGGAGCAGGUACGGGCCGUACAGGACUGGAGACACGCACCACUGGUUUGGUGCGAGGAGCAGGUAUGGGGCGUACCGGGCUGGCGACACACACCACUGGUUUGGUGCGAGGAGCAGGCACGGGCCGUACCGGUCUGUGAAGGCGCACUGGCGGCACAGUGCGUAAAGCUAGCGCAUAGCCUGGUGCCUGCACGGUCACCCGCUCCUCAAAGCGAGUGCGGGGAGUUGGCUCUGUUCUGAAACCUGGCUCCACCAGCCUCUGCUCUAAGGACUGAGCUCUCUGCUGCUGGAGGGUUAACUCCUCUCUCAGCUCCUCCUGUUGUCUGGCCAGCUCCUCUCUCCGUGCAUCCACUGACUCCUUCUCCCUGUGGGCCUCCUGCAGCGCCUCCCUCUGAAGGGAGCUCUCCUGCUCUCUCUUAGCUAACAGCCCCCGUAAGGUAGUUAUCUCCUCUCUCAGAGUGCUGAGCUGCAUGUCUUGGAGGGCCUCUAUAAUAGCAGCCUCCUCUUCCUUCACAGUCAGCCCUUUCAGGGCCUCCUUCUACUCCGUGUGCCCCCCCAAAAAAUAUUUCAUGGGGCUGCCUCUCGUGCUUCCUUCGCGGUCGGCACCGUCGGCGUCGCCGUUGAUCCUCUCCUGCCUUGGCUUCUUCCUUCGCCCAGGGUCCUUUACCGGCUAAUAUCUCCUCCCAUGUCCAAAAUGUCUUCCCCACCUGUGUCCAGGGUGUCUGCUCCUCCUGGUCACGCUGCUUAGUCCGUUGGUGGUGGGAUCUUCUGUCACGUUCGUUGUGUAAAUGAUUGGACCAAGGUGCAGCGUGGUAUGCGUACAUGUUUUAAUUAUUUAAAUAAACACUUGACAAAAUAACAAAAGCAACUGAACGUGAAGUUCUAAAGGCUAACAGCAACAAGCCGAAACAGAAAUAAGAUCCCACAACAUAGGUAGGCAAAAUGGCUGCCUAAGUAUGAUCCCCAAUCAGAGACAACGAUCGACAGCUGCCUCUGAUUGGGAACCACACCCGGCCAACAUAGAAAUAGAUACACUAGAAUGUAUCCAAAUCACACCCUGACCUAACCAAACAGAGAAUACAGGUGAUCUCUACGGCCAGGGCGUGACAACAAUGUUGACUGUCAACUAGGGCUGACCCCAAUUAGUCGACUGGUCAAUUGUUUGGUCGUUAGGCUGUUGGUCGACCAAGAUUGUUUUAAUUGAGCAGUAACAAAUAUAUAUACACUAAUCAGGACACUUACGUAUAUAUAUAUUUGCGCCCAUCUCAGUGAACUAAUCCAUUGCGGAGACUAAAAGCCAAUUUAUGCUUGAUUCGAAAAUGUGGUUGAGGGCUCCAUAUGGAGGGUGUGACGCAAUUGUGGCGCCUCCAGAGGCAUGCAGAGGCCAAAUCGAGGUCUGUACUGCAUCGCCAUGCGCCUCCCAAAUUUUGUAACAAUGCGGAGGGCUCUGUAUAGCUCCGCAUUGACAUGAUUGGUUGACGGUAGGUAGAGGCAGUACAUCCUGUAUGAACACAAACUCACUUCCUUGACAACAGCUCUGCACUGUUCUGCGAAGCGCAAUAAGUAUGAAUGCCCUGACUUCUGCUGGGGCCAUAUCACUGUAAAUGCUGCAUGGCCAAUGCAGACGUCAGAUUGACCAUGCGCCCAGAUGCACAAUGCACUCUCCAGAAUGCGCUCUCUCCUUCCAAUAUGUGCACAUUCAUUGUUUCAUAACUUCAUUGUGUGAAUUGUUUGCAUUUGAUUGUUAGUGUAUAUCAAUUUUCCAUUACGUAUAUCACCAGUAGUACAUUUACCGUUCAUUCCUAUAAUUUCUAAUCUACAAUGUUUGUUACUUUGGUUACGGUCAUUUAUUUUAAUACAUUCAAUAUUAUUAUUUCAGUCUUCCUGUUCUCACUGUCGGAGUGGACACAUUGUUUGCAGAGUGCACAACCUAUGCAACACUUGUGAGAAACAAGUUUUGGUUUAUUUAAUUCCAUUUACGAGUUCUGUCGAUUUAGUCAUUGUCUUUUGUUUGGAGCGCUCCUGUCAAUGUUGAGUAAGGACGCGCACGCGUAGAAGUAGGCCUAUAGGCUACCUGGCCUGUGCGCAAAUGUAGGCAUAUAAAUGUGCCCAUUUGGGGAUCUGAUAGUAUUUCUGAUUGGCUUAACGCACCACCACUAAUGACCCGUGGAGCUUAUCAAAGUAAUGUUUUCUUCACCUCAAACAGCAAGCAAACAAAGUCUGUUUUUACAUCCAUUGAGAAUUACAAUAGUUCAUCAAUGUAUUUGAAAAAUCUUUCCAGCUCUCUCCCUUUCGAUAACCUCUCAGCGUGAAAGGGAAAAAUGUCUUGCUCUGAUCCAGUGGAAACGUCAUAAAAUAUGCUUCUUAUCAGUGCUUGACCUGGACUGAAAUAGGUUCCGGUACUCAUUUUGGGUGCUGGUACUGUUUAUAUUUAGGUGCAAUGGCUUGAAGGGCAUUCUCUUGCGUACAGUAUUUUCCUAUAACGUGCGGUAUAAUUGCACGAUAUAAUUCAAUGGCUAUGAAGUUCAUUCUUACAUGUUCUAUUUUUGAGCUGCUUUUGAAAGCAAAAGUCGAAUUAAAAACAUUAUUGGCAUUGUUGAAUUCGAUUUUCAUAAUAGCAAGCUAAGAUGAUGGUUUGGUUAGCUAAGCUAACAAGUCUGUUUGUUUGGUUACCAAGGCAACUACUGUAGCUAGAUAGUAAACUUACUAGCUACUUCAGUGGAUGUUGUCACAUUUCUACUGGCAAAUGAAUACAUUUCUAGAGGCAAAUAUGUUUAUUAUUUAUAGCCAUGGUAUAAAAGGGGUAAUCAACUCAGGGCUCUAUGCAUUCUCUGGAAAAUAAUGCAACUCCGUGGAAGGUUAGUUCCACUCCGCUAAUGCAUGGUGGAACACACCUUCCACAUUGUGCAUUCUUUUCCAGAGAACACAUAGACCCUCAUUGAUUAUCCCUUACUGAAUGCAAUGCACAGAGAUUAAAUGAUAUCCUACCAUGUAAAACACCCACCCAUAUUUAUUUAAAGUAUCAAAAUAGUCACUUUAUUGCCAUAUCCUGCCCACCCAUCCCCCCUUUCCUCAUAAUCUUCUUAUCUGAUGAGAACCACUCAUUAGCAUGUUCUUUAUCCUGAUUUUCUGGCAUCUGUAUGAAUUUUAAUGAGGGCUCUCAUAUCUAGGCUCUCAUAUCUCACCACCACAACAACUCCUCCUGUCAUGAAAUAGAAAUGUGUCCCUCAGUGGCAGAAUGUCUAAAAUUAAGGUCAGUCUUUGAAGACUGUUAUGUGUCUGAGUUGAUAAGUGUGGUAAGAGCUUUGGAAAGUGCGGACUGGGUUCGGCUUGCGUCACUUUUCCGUCAUCUGGGUGGAAGCCCAGGGGAGCAAAGGAGGGAGGGAGUAGAGGUGUGUGCUAGCUAUGCCCUGCUCACAUGUGAGGCCAACAGCCUCUAGUGUGUCAGUCAGCACUGAGCUCUGACUAAAUAAGGCAAGGCAGGACUUGGCUUAUCAACAGCUUACAGGAAUACAGCAGCAGCUGAGCUGAUACAUUAGCCCAUCUCUGUCCCACCACCCACUAUCAUCUGGUGGACUACUCAGUCUAUCUGGUUGGGACUAGGUGUUGGAGAGUUUGUUUAUCACACCUUUCCUCAGAACUUUCCUUAGACUUGCUAACAAGCUUCCAGUAAAGUUUCUUAAACUUGGUUUAAGUUGCCUUUUUUCAAUGUGACCUCGCUCGCUCUCUUUUCUCCCCAAGCCAUGUGAUGUAGUAUAG